AAUCAUUUACGCAGCCACUUAACACGCGGAUGUGUAUUUAUUUACUUAUCAGUAUCAGUCAAUUUCCCUCCCCGCAAGUGCACUUUUGCAUGUCUGAGUACGAUAAGGCAUAACACAAACAAUCCUGCAAUCACUGGAGGCCUCUCAUGGCCAUUAAAAGUCAGUAGUUCAACUGAGGAGUGGUUCUCCAACUCUCAAGUCCAUAUAGGCCUCCUUUCAUCAAGAGGCCCUCGUAAACAUCACUACAGUUAAUAAAGUGUAUUGUGGUCAGUGCAGUCUCAAGGUGUGCAGCCACGUGUUUAUCAGCGACAGCAACAAGUCACAAACUCCAAAUACAGCAGCUGCAGUGAGUCCGGACACCGCCCGCAGCCGCCGGGAGGAACAUUUAUGAUCAUGUACAGCGCUUAUGUUAUUGUUAGUGGGAGGGGAGCACAUGUCUUGUAAGUGAAAUUACGCUCGGUGAAAGGAGGCUAGAGCUGUUUUGUAUUGUUGCCGAUGCCCCGCCUCUGAUGGUAGCCUUAAACCUGGCACCCAGCUAAAACAAACCAAAGCCAGCACCGAGCUCCCACUCAAUCCAAUUAAGGCGGACUUGAGGCGCUCUCCUACGUGUUCAUCUACCAGGAUCGACGUUGAGACAACAGGAACCAGAGGGGCUUUGGCCAAAAAAAAAAAAAAGAGAAGGAGAGAUUGCCUUGCCUUCUAAUUUCUCCCUCUCCAGCCCCAGAACAAUGUCGAUGAGCCCUAAGCAUACGACUCCUUUUUCUGUUUCCGAUAUCUUGAGUCCCCUUGAGGAGAGCUAUAAGAAAGUAAGUAUGGAGAAUAACAACUUGGGGGCACCUCUCACUUCUUACCGGCAGCCGCAGGUCUCUCAGGCGGCGAUGCAGCAGCACCACAUGGGCCAUAAUGGGACUGUGUCUGCGGCUUACCACAUGACUGCGGCAGGUGUUUCUCAGCUGUCACACACGGCCAUGGGGGGCUACUGUAACGGCAACCUGGGCAACAUGGGCGACCUGCCGUCCUACCAGGACGGCAUGAGGGGCAGCACCACGGCCACCGGCUGGUACGGAGCCAACCCGGACCCGCGCUUCUCCACCAUUUCUCGCUUCAUGGGCUCGUCGUCGGGCAUGAACAUGGGCAGCAUGGGCAGCCUCAGCUCCUUGGCAGACGUGGGUAAAAGUAUGGGCUCCCUGUCCAGCACCCCGAGGAGAAAGAGGCGAGUGCUGUUCUCCCAGGCGCAAGUUUACGAGCUGGAGCGACGCUUCAAGCAGCAGAAAUACCUGUCUGCGCCGGAGAGGGAGCACCUGGCAAGUAUGAUCCAUCUCACUCCGACCCAGGUGAAAAUCUGGUUCCAGAAUCACCGGUAUAAGAUGAAGAGGCAGGCCAAAGACAAAGUGUCCCAGCAACAGAUGCAACAAGACAGCGGCUCUUGCCAGCAGCAGCAGCAGCAGCAGUCCCCGCGGAGGGUGGCCGUGCCGGUGCUGGUGAAGGACGGGAAGCCGUGUCAAGGCAGCGGCCAUACGCCCACAUCCUCCGCACAGACCCACCACCAGCAAGGGGGCAAUGUCAUGAUCAUGUCCAACAACACGUCCGGCCUCGGGCAGCACCAGAGCCAGCAGGUGGGAAGCACAGGCCACUCUCCAGAUUUGGCGCCGCACUCCUCCAGUCCGCCGUCACUGCAGAGCCAGGUGGCCGGCCUCUCCCACCUCAAUUCCCCCGGCGCAGAGUACGGCUCGGCCCUGCAGUGUUCAGCCCUGUUGUACGGCAGGACGUGGUGACAAGAGGCGCCGGCUAUGAUUUAAACCAAUUCUUCUAUUUAAAGAAUAAAAACAUUUUUUUCUCUCUGUAAAUGUGCGCAUUUGAACAAGAACAGAGAUGAGAAAUCGGUGCAAUUUUCACCUUUUGGACGGAAGUGUGACUUUUGGAAGGAAGGAGAAAAAACACUUUUGUCCAGAAACUGCGGAUGUGAAAGUCUUUGGAUUUUUUAAAUGUAAAUUAUAUUGAGACAAAAGAAGAAUCAGCAGCAUAUAGGCCGCAUUAGUUGGGAAAAGUGAACCUGAACAGGGAGGCAGAUAGGCCUACCUUAACACUGCUGUAUAUGGGUGCUGUUACCCCCCCUUCCCCCACACAUACACACACAAACACACAAACACACAUGACUGAUUUAUAAUAGAAUUUAAUGUAAGCCGUAGAUCUAGCUUGUAUAUUUCUGUAAAAGGUUUGGAUUUUAGCUAUUUGUUGUACAAAGUUUUUGACGCUAUUGCCGGUUUGUUGUCGUUUCAUUGGUAUUUGUACGUUUUAUUUCUUUGUAACUUAUAUAGAUAUUUGACUUACUACAAAACAGUCCUAUUAAUAAAUUAUGGAAACAAGAUAGUUACGUUUUUUGUGAAAUAUGUCACCAUAUGCGAAAUGAAAUGACGAAAAUAUUCCUUUGAAA